CACACUGAGGCCGGAAGUGGUUUUGCCCCUAUAAAACAUGGCGAAAAGCUUUCUUGUUUCCAAGGAAACGCCACGUAAUGAAUCGAAGCUGUGGCGCACGCGCAGAAAUACAAGCCACCGGAAGUGAUGGCUCCCCUACCAAAGCCGUGGGGUUACUACGCGUGCGCAGCAGUGUGUUCCGACAGUCGUGUUGUGCCAAUGGUGGAGAAGAAAACUUCUGUUCGCUCCCAGGACCCCGGGCAGCGGCGAGUGCUGGACCGGGCCGCCCGGCAGCGUCGCAUCAACCGGCAGCUGGAGGCCCUGGAGAAUGACAACUUCCAGGAUGACCCCCACGCGGGACUCCCUCAGCUUGGCAAGAGACUGCCUCAGUUUGAUGACGACGCGGACACUGGAAAGAAAAAGAAGAAAACCCGAGGUGAUCAUUUUAAACUUCGCUUCCGAAAAAACUUUCAGGCCCUGUUGGAGGAGCAGAACUUGAGUGUGGCCGAGGGCCCCAACUACCUGACGGCCUGUGCGGGGCCCCCAUCGCGGCCCCAGCGCCCCUUCUGUGCUGUCUGUGGCUUCCCUUCCCCCUACACCUGUGUCAGCUGCGGCGCCCGGUACUGCACCGUGCGCUGUCUGGGGACCCACCAGGAGACCAGGUGUCUGAAGUGGACCGUGUGAGCCUGGGCAUUCCCAGAGAGGAAGGGCCGCUGUGCACUGCCCGGCCUUCAGAAAGACAGAGUUUCAUCACCCAAUGCAGGGGGAGCUCUUCCUGGACCAAGGGAGGAGCCGCUCAUUCACCCAACAAAACUGUGUCUUACCUGCCAGGAAAGACCAGCCUCACUCCCAGGAGCUGUCUGGCAGGUAGGCUGGGCCCCCCAGUGCUGUUAGAAUAAAAAGCCUCAUGCCAGAA